AUAGCCUCAAUGAUUUGUUCUUUGCAGUCGUUCAACUUUGAUUUCAAAACCAAUGAUGAAAGUUGCAUGGAAGGCUCGGACAAUGAUAUUUUUAGUCCAACAACACCGACUCUACCACGUCCUACACCUUUGCGAAGGGAAAGUAUCGACUUAGGUUUGGAAUCACCCAUAAUGAGCCCAACGGUCGCUGGGCUCUCAAAUUUUGUGCCUCCUUGUAUCAGUAUUCCAUCUUCACCGCUUGUGAGUUCGACAUUCGACAUGAGCAUUCUACAGAAGGCAGUUUCCGGACAGCUUCCAUCAGUCCGACCGCCAUCACGCUUCCUUACGCCACCUGCAAUUGGUACCAUCUCACCGAUGCCGUCAAGUGCUGUCUCACCAAAUCUCUACAACUUUUGUGCGGCUUCUCCUAGCGCCAAUAACUUGAUGCAAGGGCUAGGCUCCCCGGCUUUCAAUGAGUUUUCACCAACUAUAGCAGCUUCGCAGCGAAUGUCACCUAUAAGUCCGAUGUGGAUAAAGGUAUUUGUGGAAGAUUUAUGA